UAUAUUAAACAAAUGGGCCAAACAACAUCAUCAAACUUUGAAUGGUCUUAUACUCAGGAACCUCACGCUACGCGUCGGAAACAAAUACUUGAAAAAUAUCCCCAAGUGAAACAAUGCUUUGGAGUAGAUGAAAGUUUUAAAUAUGUUGUUGUUUCAAUGGUUAUAUUUCAAAUAUUUAUGGCUUAUUUAUUAAAAGAAUCAUCUUGGCUCUUAAUUUGUUUACAAGCUUAUAUUGUUGGAGGAACAAUCUCUCAUUCUUUGACGUUAGCAAACCGUAUUCUUGGUUUUAUUGCUAAUUUACCUAUGUGUAUUCCAAUGUCUACUUCAUUCAAAAAAUAUCAUUUGGAACAUCAUAGAAACUUGGGAAGUGAUGUGGUUGACACGGAUAUUCCAACAGAAUUUGAGGCAAAAUUUUUUGUUGGUCCAAUUGGAAAAUUUGUUUGGUUAAUUUUACAACCUGUAUUUUAUGGUUUAAGACCUCUCAGCACUUAUAAAAAGUCAGUUCUCGAUUUUGAAUUACUCAAUGGAUUUAUUCAAAUAAUAUUUAAUUUGGCAAUAAUUCAAUUUAUGGGCUACAAAUCUUUUAUUUACCUCAUUGGAGGGUAUUCACCCUCUAGCAGCUCAUUUUAUUAGUGAUCAUUAUGUAUUUGAGGCUGGACAGGAGACUUAUAG